AUGUUUAAUAAUUUUGUUGACUCAGAUUCCAGUGGUUACCAACGACGUCCACCAUCAAAACGAACUUCCUUAUCCAACAUCAAAGAUGAAUCACCAUUAGCAGGCAAAUACCGUAGGAAAGCCGAGCGUGAUGAUGACGACCCGAGUAAACCAUGUAAAGCAUGUGUCGAUUUUAAAGAUUGGAUGAGACAUAGCUCAACAACAAAUACAAACAGUGAAAAUAGUCAAAAUGAAGAUCGAUCACAGCAGCAAAUUUUAUCAAUUAGUUCAGAUUGUCCGUUGAUGAGAGAUGAUCUUGGUCGUGCAUCAUGGUCUCUACUACACACAAUUGCUGCAUAUUAUCCUAAAUCACCUAAAUCUGAUGAUAAACAGACAAUGAAAGAAUUUAUUUCUGCAUUUUCAAAAUUAUUUCCAUGUCCAGAGUGUCGCGAAGAUUUUCAAGAGGAAAUUUUAAAAGAUCCACCAGAUCUAUCUGAUCGUUUAUCGUUAUCUAAAUGGUUUUGUAAUCAACAUAAUUUAGUAAAUAAAAAAUUAGGUAAACCAUCGUUUGACUGUGAAAAAGUUUUAGAAAGAUGGAAAACAGGACCAGAAGAUGGACGAUGUGAUUGA